GCGCAGAAUAUUGGGUUGAGGCAGACACUCUGAGGUUGAAGAAUCGCGGCGAUGGCGACUUGGCUCUUCUACCGGACAGAUUGAAAGUGUCCUCGGAUAUGACUUGUAUGUAUUUCUUAAAGUGUAGUUUAUUGCAAACCCGGUGCACGGAUCUUCAAUUGAAUGAUUUGGCAUUUCCAUUCUCAUUGCUUUAUACAUGAAUUCAAUGUCUUCACUCUAAGUCAGAUUUUCACAACGGGAUCAUCAGGAUAGCACCUCAUCUGUUGCUAGUUCUCUUUGACUGAGAUUUGGGGUCAAGUGAGGAAGGCAUGUGUUCCUUGUCCAGUGACCCACACUCCUUCACAGGGGCCAUGGAGGAGGAGGGGCAGGAGAGCAUGGAAUGUAUCCAGGCCAAUCAGAUCUUCCCCAGGAAGCCCCCAGUCCUGGAGGAGGAGAGCCUGCAGGUGCCCUUUCCCGAGCUGCAUGGCGAGUUCACAGAGUACGUGGGUAGAGCGGAGGAUGCCAUCAUCGCCAUGUCCAGAUACCGCCUCCACAUCAAAUUCAAAGAGUCCAUCGUCAACGUCCCUCUGCAGCUCAUAGAGACUGUGGAGUGUCGUGACAUGUUCCAGCUCCAUGUCACCUGCAAGGACUGUAAGGUCGUCAGGUGUCAGUUCUCUACAUUGGAGCAGUGUCAGGUGUGGCUGAAGCGGCUGAGUGCUGCGGUCCGGCCCCCGUCUCUCCUGGAGGACCUCUUCUCCUUCGCCUUCCAUGCCUGGUGUGUGGGCGUGUACGCCGGGGAGAAGGAGCAGCAGGGGGAGCUGUGCAGGCCAGGAGAGCAUGUGACCUCCUGGUUCAAGAACGAGGUGGAGAGGAUGGGCUUUGACACUCAAAACGCCUGGAGGAUAUCCGACAUCAACAGCAAGUUCAGGCUAUGCUCUAGCUAUCCACAGCAGCUCCUGGUGCCAGCCUGGAUCACAGACAAGGAGCUGGAGAAUGUGGCAGCCUUCCGCUCCUGGAAGAGAUUCCCGGCUGUGGUGUUCAGGCACCAGAGCACGGGGGCUGUGAUCGCCCGCUGCGGCCAGCCGGAGGUCAGCUGGUGGGGCUGGAGGAAUGCAGACGACGAGCACCUGGUCCAGUCCAUCGCCAAGGCCUGUGCUGUAGAUGGCAGCUCCCGUAAACACCUGGCCAUCGGAUCCUACACCAACGGAACCAAUGAAAUCAACGGCACCAAUGACCUCGUCGACACAGACUUCGAAUCGUCCCUGACGAACAGCUCGGAGGUGGAGACACUGGCCAUCCAGCCACAAAAGCUGUUGAUCCUGGAUGCCAGGUCCUAUGCAGCGGCUGUGGCCAACAGAGCCAAGGGAGGGGGCUGUGAAUGCCCAGAGUACUACCCCAACUGUGAGGUAGUGUUCAUGGGCAUGGCCAACAUCCACUCCAUCCGCAAGAGUUUCCAGUCCCUGCGCUUCCUCUGCACCCAGAUGCCCGACCCGGCCAACUGGCUGUCUGCUCUGGAGAGCACCAAGUGGCUGCAGCACCUGUCUCUGCUGCUGAAGGCGGCCCUGCUGGUUGUGAACGCUGUGGACCGCGACCACAGGCCCGUUUUGGUGCACUGCUCUGACGGAUGGGACCGCACGCCCCAGAUCGCCGCCCUGUCCAAGCUGCUGCUGGACCCAUACUACCGCACCAUUGAGGGUUUCCAGGUGCUGGUGGAGACUGAGUGGCUGGACUUUGGUCAUAAGUUUGCUGACCGCUGUGGCCACGGGGAGAAUUCGGAGGAUCUGAACGAGCGCUGCCCGGUGUUCCUGCAGUGGCUGGACUGUGUGCACCAGCUGCAAAGACAGUUCCCAUGCUCCUUUGAGUUCAAUGAGGCUUUUCUGGUGAAAAUGGUGCAGCACUCCUACUCCUGUCUGUUUGGCACCUUCCUGUGCAACAGUGGGAAGGAGAGAGAGGACAGGCGCGUUCGGGAGAGGACUUGCUCCGUGUGGUCACUGCUGCGACCAGCCAACCGCGUCUUGAGGAACAUGCUCUACUCCUCCCACUCCGAGACUGUGCUCCACCCUGUGUGUCACGUGCGUAACCUGUUGCUGUGGACGGCAGUCUACCUGCCCAGCUCCUCCCCCACCACCCCCUCUGAUGAGUCGUGUGCACCGUAUCCUGUGGUGCCAGGUGCCAACACAGAAGACACACCCCUGGGCAGACGUCCGAAGACCCGUUCCUUCGAUAACUUGCCCAGCGCCUGUGAGCUGGGGAGCUCGCUGGCCCCAAACCGGCGCUCCAGUGACCCGAGCCUGAAUGAGAAGUGGCAGGACCACCGGCGCUCUCUGGAGCUCAACAUUGCUGUGGGGCCCGACGCAGGGGGAGCUCAGGAACAGGAUGGGCGGGCUAACGGCCAGCCUAUAGCAGCAGGGCCUCAGGCAGGCAUGGACGACUCUGAGCUGGAGGACAGCCCUGAAGGCCAGCAGACUGAGCUGAGAGACAGAGCCUCCAAGGGGUCAGUAGCAGCAGGAGAAGCAAUAGAGCUGUCCAUUGAGCUAGCUGUGGCAGAGGGACAGAUGGAGAACAUUCUCCAGGAGGCAACGAAGGAGGAAGCUGGUGCUGAGGCUCAGCGAGAGGUUAACGCUACUGCUGCCGUGGCUCGAUCUCCGAUCGAUGCUAAUGGAACAGAGACUGAGAAAGAGGUCAAGGCAAGUGAUGCUGAGACUGAUAAACAAGCUAACGCCAAUGGGGCUGAGACUACUAUAACUAAUGGUCAUCACCCAGGGAAUGGCACAGAUGAGCCUGAAGAGUCUGGUGUGUCUCCAGCCAGUCCCCCCUUACCCACCGAUGUGUCCACGGAUGUUCCAGAGGAGCAGGAGGCCCUAGAGAGGUGGGAGUCAGAGGAGCUGGUGGAGCAGGUUCUGGAGAACUGUACUGCCCAGGAGGAGCCAGAACACAACCCUACCCCCAGCACAGCCCAGCCAGCCCCCGCUGCCCCUAGAACUUUUACCAAUGGCUUUGGAGAGAGGACACCAGAGGAGCCAGAGACAGCUGUGUAUCUCCUCCCACUAGAGCCUGAGUCCAGCAGACACCACUCGGAGGCCCUGGUGCAGGCAGACCAGAGGUCUUCCCUCAUGGAGAGUUCCACAGAGACUCUGACUGAAGAGGCCUGCAGCAGGCCAGAGGCCCCAGUGCAGGCACCCAUCUGCCCAGGCCCCCAGCCCCGCACUGAAGGCAGGAGCCAACUUUCCUGUCUCAGGAGAGUGAACGGGGAGGCAGAGCCAGAGCAGGGGGCAUCCAGGACUUUAAAUGGAGGACACAAGCGGCCCUCUGUCAGUACCUUCCAGUCUUUGAGUGCUGAGCCCAGCAGGGAGGGUCUAUGUAAUGGCGAGAGCUCAGAGGGGGAGUCCUGUGGUGGCCCUCACUGGGCCAAGGUGAAUGGGGAGCGGGCCCAACUGAGCCGCCAGGUCUCCCUGGCCUCCUGCAGCUCCCUGACCCUCCAUCGCCGGGGCAGCUGCUCCCAGCACCGCUGCCUCCACACCUUACUGGGGCGCCGUGCCGCCACGCCCAGCCCCGAACAGCCGGCCCGCAGUCACCUGGACGACGACGGGCUGACGCUGCACAUGGACACCAUCCAGCAGCGGCUGAGGCAGAUUGAGGCAGGCCACCAGAUGGAGGUGGAUAUGCUGAAGAAGCAGGUGCAGGAGCUGUGGAGCCGCCUGGAGAGCCAUCACCACGCAGCGUCCCUCAGGAUCAACGGAGACAUCGGAGACGAAGUGACCUCAAUGACAGACUCUGAGUGUAACCUGGACGCUAACUGCCUGUCGCGCUGCAGCACAGAACUCUUCUCCGAGGCUAGCUGGGAGCAGGUGGAUAAGAAUGACACGGAGGUGACCCGCUGGUACCCGGACCACUUGGCAGCUCAGUGCUACGGGUGUGAGAGUAGGUUCUGGCUCGCCACCAGGAAGCAUCACUGCAGUGACAGGGAGCAUGUCCAAGAGGCCUGGAACUGUGGGAAUGUGUUCUGUGCCAGCUGCUGCGACCAGAAGAUCCCUGUGCCAAGCCAGCAGCUGUUUGAGCCCACUCGUGUGUGUAAGACCUGCUAUGGCAGCCUCCAGAUCAAUACAACUCCCAACCCCAUGGAGCUGGAGGAACCAAUCACAGCCAGCUCCAACUAAGGACCUGGGAGGGGCGCGGCCUGCCAGCCAGCCACUGACACAGCCAGGCACACUGCUGAGAAGCCCAAGGAGCUGCAGAAUGUCCCGUGUGUGUGUUGCAAAAUAUGGAUUUUCAUGUAUAUAGGCCCGCAAUGCCGGAUGUAGUGGAGAAGGUGAAUUAGGUAUUUUUUUGUGAGAUGCUAAGCACUUUGAAUGGUGGUUAUGCACAGGAAUGAGUAAAUGGGCAGACAUAUGGAGGGAGGGGGGUGUGUGUGACAACAGACAGGACUGCUGGUAGUGUUGGUGGAGGGACUGCGAUGGAGUGAGGAUAGCCUGCCUGGUCCCACUGGCCA